AUGCCCACCCUCGAAGACACAAGGCCUAAGCACCGCUUCCCCGAGUUCGACCUCCAAGACCGCGUCUAUGUUGUCACCGGUGGCGGAAGGGGCCUCGGCCUAUGCAUGGCCGAAGCGCUCCUAGAAGCCGGUGCAAAAGUCUACUGCGUCGACCGCCUCCCAACCCCACACCCCGACUUCGAAGCCGCAAAGUCCCACGCCGAACAAACCCACGGCGGCAGCCUCCACUACCACCGCAUCGACGUGCGCAACGCCGCCGAAACAAACGCGCUCUUUGCGAAAAUCGCCGCGGAACAUUCCCGCCUCGACGGCCUCAUCGCCGCCGCAGGCAUAAACCACCUGGAGCCGGCCCUCAGCCACUCCCCCGAGAAACUCCACGAGGUCAUGGACAUCAACUACAACGGCGUCUUCCACAGCGCGACCGCCGCCGCGCGCCAAAUGUUCAACUACCAGCAGAAGGGCUCGAUCUUGCUUGUUGCCAGCAUGUCCGGCUUCAUCGCGAACAAGGGGAUGACGAGCCCCGUUUACAACUCGAGUAAGGCGGCUGUUGUGCAGCUAGGUCGGAAUCUGGCGAUGGAGUGGGGGAGGCAUGGGAUUCGUGUCAACUCGCUCUGUCCCGGGCAUAUUGUUACGCCGAUGGUUGAGCAGGUGUUUCAGAAGGAGCCGGCUGCUAAGGCUGUUUGGGAGGCGGAGAAUAUGCUGGGGCGGCUGGCGACGCCUGAGGAGUUUAGGGGUGCUGCGCUGUUUGCGCUUAGUGAUGCUAGCUCUUUUAUGACAGGGAGUACGAUGCUUAUUGAUGGGGGGCAUACGGCUUGGUAG